CCGCUUUCAAAAGGGAGGACAACCGAUACACAAGCAGUGCAGACGAUGUGGAGAUCAGCAGAUGGUCGUGUACGAAUUCGGUGCAUAGGAAACGCUGUACAGACAUAGGCAGAAAUGCAAGAUUCGUGAAUGUCAUCGUGGGCCAGUGUAUGGCAUGAACAUCCACUAGACCAUUAUAUAAACCAUGCAGAGACCACUCGCCAUCAUAUGCCAAUGUAUCCGAAGAGUGACUUCUAGAUUGCUGAGGCACCAGGCCAUCGUGUUCCCAGGAUAUACAAAAAGAUUGGAUGCUUUGAAUGACCGCAUGGUCAUCCGCUCUCGCCGAACUGAGAAUCACUGGGCAGGAUAAUCUCUUCUCGAAGGACACUACAGCUGAUAUUCUGCCAUCGUCCAAUCGGCAUAUGGCUCCGCUGCAGGCAACAGAAGCUGAGGA